AUGCAUGCUUCGGACGAUUCGUCGACGGAAGACGAUGCGGCAUCGCAGACGACAGAAGAUGAUCCUCAAGUCCCGGAACUCAGUGGACAAUCUGGUCCACCACCGCCUGCGAGAACUGCUCCCGUCGCAUCUUCAACAACGAGAGAAAGACCACACUACGAGCUACGACAUUCAAUGAGAGGUCAUACAAAGUCAAUUUCAGCUGUAAAAUUUAGUCCAGAUGGGACGUUCUUAGCUUCUUGCGGUGCAGAAAAUAUGGUCAAGAUCUGGUCCCCCUUUACUGGAGAACUUAUACGAAAUCUAAAUGGACAUACCGCCGGCCUCUCUGAUAUCUCCUGGACCACAGAUAGCGUCUAUUUGGCCUCGGCGUCCGACGACAAAACUAUUCGAAUAUGGGAGGUCGAUACUGGUCUGACUGCAAAAAUCCUGAAAGGCCACGCCAAAGAAGUGUUCUGCCUCAACUACAAUGCCGCGUCUAAUCUUCUUGUGUCUGGGUGCUGUGACGGAGAUGUCAAAAUCUGGAAUACAGCCAGAGGCAAGUGCAUGAAGACGCUGCAUGCACACUUGGAUUAUGUGACGGCAGUGCAUUUCAAUCGGGAUGCGUCUCUGAUCGUGUCUUGUUCCUUGGAUGGCCUAAUACGCAUAUGGAAUACAAGCGAUGGACAGUGUCUGAAAACCCUUGCCGAGUCGCAGGAUGCAAUCUGGUCGGUCGUGUCAUAUCGGGUUUCCCAGUACUCUGACACUGCCGUUAGCCAACACGUGCAGUUUUCCCCCAACUCCAAGUAUAUUCUUUCUACGGCACACGAUAGUGCGAUACGAUUAUGGGAUUAUCAGACCAAUCGCUGUCUAAAAACAUAUGUUGGCCAUUCUAAUUCGAAGUACUGUAUAUCGGCCUGCUUCAGUGUUACUGGUGGGAAAUGGAUCGUAGCAGGCAGCGAAGAUCAUAAAACCUACAUUUGGGACCUGCAAACACGAGAGAUCGUUCAAAUUCUUGAAGGACAUACCGACGUCGUCGUCGCAGUCGCUACACACCCCUCGCACAACAUGAUUGCAACGGGCUCCAUUGACAGCGAUCUUACCAUCCGGAUAUGGUCUGAUCGCACAGGCGAAGCCUGACGCCGACUUUGUACUUUUUUUUUAACGGUUUUCAUGACGACAGUGUAGAUUUACUUUCAGAUCAUCAAUAACAUGUACAUCUUGGUGUAGAAAAGGGGUUAGGCUGGAAGAUACUCAGUGUUGAUAAUACUAAUACAUGGUCCAUUAAAUGCGACAGGAAAUUGUUGUG